AUGAAUCUUUUAGGUUAUGCAUGGAGAUUGUGGAGUGAAAACAAGGCACUAGAUUUACUGGACCCUAUGAUGCUUGAAUUUUGCGAGAAGUCUGAAGUUGUCAAGUGCAUAAAUGUUGGGCUGUUGUGUGUGGAAGAAGAUCCCAUUGAUCGCCCUACCAUGUCAAAUGUAGUUUUGAUGCUUAGUGGCGAAACGACAGUUCUUCCAGUUCCUAAACAACCGGCUUUUCUAAUGAGAAAACGUGUUUUUAGGACAUCGUCCUCAACCUCUAAUAAACCAGAUUCAAUCUCCAAUGAGUUGACGAUGUCUGUGCCACAAGGGCGAUGA